ACUUUAUCACGUCGUAAAAAUUCCAAUGCUGAUUUGUUUUCAUUCCGCGCUAUAUUUCUGACGAGUGCGAUAUAAUCAUGAAGGACAAGGAGCCGAAGGUUGAAGUGAGCCACAUCACGGGCAGCACAGUCACCAUCAGCCAUGAUGGGAGCAAUGGAACAGACGGCUUUGGAAUGUUCCAGUCCAGGGAACAGAUCAUACGACCCGACAGUAAGAGUCAGCUUGAACUUGAGAGCGGCAAAACCACUGGGACUCAAGUAACACACCCCACAUCGUACCUGGACACCAUGCUCCACAUCUUCAGAGGUAACAUCGGCAGCGGAUUGCUGGCAAUGGGAGACGCCUUCAAGAACGGUGGCAUCGUGUUCGCACCGAUCAUGACAGCCAUUUUGGGCGUCAUGUGUGUUCAUGCACAACAUUUGUUGUUAAACUGUUCAGAAGAUAUGCACCGCCAGACAAAACGUGACAAGCCGCCAGGGUUCGCCGAAACCGUGCACCUGGCAUUCCAGAACGGGCCCGUGCGCAUGCGCCCACUCGCCAACACCAUGAAGAUACUCGUCAACACCUUCCUUUGCAUUACGCAGCUUGGAUUCUGCUGCGUUUAUAUCGUCUUCAUAGCGAAUAAUCUUAAAAUGAUCUGCGAUCAGUACAACAUCAACAUCGACCUGUCAAUCCACAUGAUCAUCGUGGUGAUCCCCGUACUACUCUCCUGCAUGGUGCGGAACCUCAAGUACCUGACACCCUUUUCGACCAUUGCUAAUAUUAUGAUGGCGGUGGGUGUGGCCGUGGUGAUCUACAAGGCUACCCUGGACCUUCCCCCUGUCAAUACGAGAACCUACCUGGCUUCCUGGCAGCAAUUGCCUCUGUACUUUGGAACUGCUGUUUAUGCCUUCGAGGGGAUAGGAUUGGUGCUUCCCCUGAAGAAUGAGAUGAAGAACCCUGAAGAGUUCCAGAAACCGUUCGGAGUGCUCAACGUGGGCAUGGUGGUUGUGGGCUGCAUUUUCAUCACUGUAGGAUUCCUAGGGUAUUUGAAGUGGGGGGAGGAAGUGGCUGGAAGUCUUACCCUGAACUUACAACCUGGAGAAGUAAUGAGCAACGUGGUGCAAGCACUGAUCGCCCUGGCCAUCCUGUUCACGUACCCACUGCAGUUCUACGUGCCAGUGGACAUCACCUGGCCCCCUCUGAGGAAGAGGUUUGCGCGCGCCUCGCCUGUCGCCAAGGAACUUGGCUACAGGGCACUCUUAGUACUACUUACUUUUAUACUGGCGGAGUCUAUUCCUCAACUGGGCCUGUUCAUUUCCCUGGUGGGGGCAGUCAGCAGCACCGCGCUGGCACUCAUCUUCCCGCCCCUCAUCGAGCUGGUCGCCUCAUCUCAGAAGCCGACGGGCAUCACCACCUUCAUGGCUAUCAAGGAUAUUGUAAUCAUACUCCUGGGUUUGUUCGUUUUCGUCACUGGAACAUACGAAAGUAUAGCCAGCAUUGUCAGAGCAUUUCAGAAAUAACUCGUGAAGUUUCUGAUUUGGCAGCGAAUGAUGCACAGUGUUGUUAUAACUGAUGUCGAUGGAAGAUAAUUUAGUAAACUAUCUAGAACGGGGUAAAUAAGAUUUUUGGGACGGGAAUGAAUGUUAUUCUUAGCGAAAAUUAUUUUCGGUUUGGUCAACAUAACUUUACACAAAAACCAAUGUACCAAUAUUCCUAAUGAAAUCGAGAUAUUGAUUACAAAGUUGUUUAAUCUAGUAAUAAUUUCCAACUAAAUGUCUUUCCUUGCCGUACCUUGACUCUUGACUACCCUGUUUUACCGAUAAUAAUAUUAUUAUUUAUGUCGCUGUGCAUGUUAUAUAGUGAUGAAAGUUUAAAUAUUUUAUAUACGGGUAAAAAUAAUAUUGUUUUGCAAGAUAUGUAUAGCGUCACGUGCUGUAGCGAAACAUAUUUUACCGUAGGUAUGCUUGCAGUAUUUACUAGGAUUUUAACUGAAAAUGACAUGUCCAAAAAAUACUCUUAAACAGCAAGAUCACAUUGAAAAUCAAAAUGUAUAAUUAACGUAAGAGUAAUGGUAAAAGUAUUUUUUUUAUAUUUUAACCGUACAAGUUAGGGGUAUUAAAUUAUUUAUUAUUGCGUCGUAGUAAGUAUAGCCAUAAAUUUUUAAAGAUUUAUCAUUACCUUCUCUCGGAUAGUCAAGAAAAUGGCGUCAAAGGUAUAUCUCAGUCUACUGCCAAAAUCUACCUGGAUUCCUGAAAUGUCUGAACAUUUCAUGGCAUGAAUAUUGUCUGCAAUAUAAUGUGGCACAGAAUACAACGAAGUUUUUGACAGAUAGUUAUACAAGUGUAGGCAUUACAACUGUACCCUAGUAUAUAAAAUAGACUAUAAUAGACGGCGGAUAAAGUAGAAGGUAAUGAGAAUUUAAUGUUACCAGUGUGUAUUGUGUAUGUAAAUUAACAUUGUGUUGUUUAUUCUGUAGAUUAAAAUGUCCUGAAAAUAUAUUUAUUAGAAAUUAUAGCGCCGAGGGCAAGAAUGACUGUUUGUGCAAACUUAAAUUCGAUUAGGCUGAGUUGCCUUUUUGGCUGCUUGAUUAUAUUUUAUACAUAAUAUUUAAGAAAUAAAGCCAUUGUUAACUCGUUAUGGCCUAUGCAGAUGGUGUAUUAUACGCGCCGACGACGUGCAUUUUGAUGGAGCUCAUUGUGGGUUUUCAUAGCGCACAUUUGUAUGCGAAAGGACAUAGUUUCUCGUUUAAAAGAAGUGGUUUAUAUUUAUCCUUAUUAAAACGUAGGUUAAGUCGUUCUUGCUUUCACCCUUGCUGUAUCUGUAUAUAUACUCACGUAAUCUUUUAGUAGUGUUUUGCAAUGGUUUUACAAUAUCAUGCAUGUUUUCUAUGGAGCCAAUCUGAGCCUGAAAGGACCAAGUAUUAAAAUUUGUGAAACUUCUGAUAUUUAUAACCACCAUUUAGAUAAACCAUGUGCCGAAGUAGCCACGUUAUUUAUAUGUCACAGUUUUACUGAAAAUAUUGACGUGGGUUCCAAAUCACAAUUUCAUUCCUGGGUAAAUAUGCAAGGUAAAAUAUAAUAUUGUAUCUCAUAAUAAUCAAUUACAAUAUAUUCCUGAUUUUUUCGGAUUUCUUCAGGCUUUGUGAUUUUACCACAUGGCUUAAAUUUAAGCAUUUUUUCUUUGAGGUCAGAAUAAAAAAAGCUAUUUCGAGAUAUUUGAAUAUAUCAAUAUUAAUUACGUUUAUAUGUUUCAUAAAGUGUACAUUCGUGUUAUAUUAAUUAAGAACUAUGAAAUAAUCUAGAUUCUAGAUGUAAAAUGUGACAACAGUCUGUGAUACAGAACAUCAAUAUAUAACUAAAAACGCAA